GCAUUUGUCUGCAAAGCAAAAUGUUCUCCAAAAUUUUAGUGGCUUGCGCUUUGGUGGCCGCGUGCCAAGCAGGUCUCCUGCAUCACGCUCCGGCGGUGUCAUCUCAGAACAUCGUCCGCCACGACCAGACCGUGCACCACGAGGUGCCGGUGCACUACGAGGCCCAUGCUGCCCAGGUGUCCCACGCCGCCCCGGCUCACGAGUACCACACCGUUCACGCCGCCCCAGUCCAAAUCGCCCACGCCGCCCCAGUCGUCCAUGCUGCCCCCAUCCAUGCUGCUCCCGUCCACGCUAUCCAUGCUGCCCCCGUCCACGCUAUCCACGCCGCGCCCGCCCUUCAUGAAGACCACUACGUCGAUGAAUACGCUCAUCCCAAAUACGGCUACUCCUACUCCGUUGAGGACCCCCACACCGGCGACCACAAGUCCCAGCACGAGGAGCGCGACGGCGAUGUGGUGAAGGGCGAGUACUCCCUGCUGCAGCCUGAUGGCUCCUUCCGCAAGGUCACCUACACCGCUGACCACCACAAUGGAUUCAACGCCGUGGUCCACAACUCGCCGCCCGUCAUCCAUCAUCAUUAGAAGUUUGCCCAAUCUGUGAUAUUAGCCGUAGAAUUCUAGCCAACAAAUGGAGAACAAUGUUACCAUUGCCUUAAGUGCAUGAAAUACCUUUUGUACAUAUUAGACAAUUAAAUCAUUUCUAUGUACACGACUAUUUAGUGAAUAAAGUA